AUGGUGAAUGUGAUUUAUAUUUGUGCUUUUGUUUUUUUUGCGAUUUCCCUAAAUUAUAGCAAUGGGUACAAAAGAAUAAAUAAAAAACCGUAUUUUUUUGUUAACCUUAGAAAUUAUAAUAGUAAUAAAAAUAUGUUUAAUAAUGAAUUUUUUAGAACAAACAGAUAUGCAACAAAAAUAAAAAAUAAGUUAAACAAUAUGAGCAAUAUACAUGUAGGAGAAUUAAAAAUAGGGAAAAUAUAUGACAUAAAGGAUAAUAAUAUAUAUGUUAAAUUAAAAAAUGAUAGUGAAGAUACUGUAAUUAUAAAAAGAGAAAAUAACUAUUUACUGGAAAAUGAACUUUUAUAUGAUUAUUUAUUAAAUAAAAAUUUGAUAGACAAUAAAUUGUAUUCAAAGCUUAUUAAAAAAAAAAGUAACGAAACAGAGGAAGGUGAAAUAAAUAAAAAUAAUUCAAACAAAACUGAUGAUUGCAUUGUUUUAAUUAAAGAAAUGAAUAGCACGAAAAAAAUAAUCGGAGAAUUGUACACUAACGAGAUAAGAAAAAGAAAGGAAAAAAUAUAUGAGAAACUAAACGAGCUAAAGAAUAUAGAACAAAGAAUUUUUAUAAAAAUUUUAAAAAAUGUAAGAAAUAAAUAUUUUAUAGUUUUAAUAAAUGAUUGUAUAAAAGGAUAUUUAUUAUAUGAAGAAAAUAUCAAUGACCCAAAAUAUUCGAAUUUACUAAAUUCUAAAGAAACUCAAUUGAAUGAUAAAAAAUUAAGUGCAUAUAUUAUAGACGCAAAUAAAAAACUAGAAUAUGUUUUUUUAUCAUUAAAAAAAUAUCCUAAAGAGGAUUUAGAGAAUAAAAUACAAACACUACAGCAUAACAUAAUUAUAGAAAAUUUAUUCGAAAAUAAUUAUUUUAAAGGAGAAAUAUCUGAUUUUUGUAAUGAUGGUAAUAAUAUAAUAGUAAAAGUCUUUGACAAUAAAAAAAAUGAUAUUAAGGUAAAAAUCAAAUCUCAUAAUAUAAUAAAUACUAAAAAUAUCCUUCGCAAUUUUGAUUAUCUAAAAAAUAAAGUUAUAAAUAAUGAAUUUUUAAUGCGAACUAAUUAUAGCACACAAAAUUAUAAAAAUACAGAAGAUAAAACUAUUAAUUAUAAUAAAACAACGCAAAGGGAACAUUAUGAUGAUGGAAAUAUAGCAAGUACAAACAAAAAUAAUAUGUCACCAUUUACUAAAAAAGAAUAUAUAGACAACUUUAAAAAGUUCAAAGAAUGUUACUAUGGGUGUAGUGAUUCAGAUGCAUUAAAAUAUAUAAAUGUAGAUGAUUAUAUAUAUAAAAAAGAAAAUGUUAUUUAUGUUAGAAUAAUAAAUAAAACACUUGAUAAAAAUUUGUAUGAAGGAAGUAUGAAAAAUUGUGAUAUUAUAGAUCAUAACAUAUAUGAGCUCUUAAAAAAAAUAUCUAGUAAAAAUAAUAUUAUUACAGAAUAUAAUGAAAGAUUAAGGUAUCCUUCUAAAGUUCUUGGUUUUUUUAACAAUUAUGUCAUAUUAUCUACAAAAAUAUUAAAUCCUGAUGUUGGGUAUAAGGAUAAAGAAUCAGAUGAUGUUUCUGAUAAUAAUGAAGAAAAACAAGUAAAUAAAAUCAAUGUAUCUAAACAUCAAGAUAUUAUAACAGUUAUUGAAAAACGUUAUAUAGAUUAUGAAAAUAUUAAAAUUGGAGACAUAUUUUUUUGCAGAUUUGACUCUGUAAAAAGGAGAAAUAUUCGAAACACAUUUAACUUGUCCAAUAGUGAAAUUAAUAAAAUAUUUCAUUCAUAUUUUAGAAACGACAAAGAUUUUAUAACCCAAAGAAAAAGAGAAAAAAAUAUGUAUCCCCGAUUUAGCACCGAAUCGAAUUUCGAAAAUAUUACCAUUGAUGCAUAUACAAAAUUAGAUAGUACAGUUUCUGAUAAUUUAUCUAUAUAUGAUGAUAAUUCCUUAGAGGAAGAAGAACAAGAAAAUAAUUAUAAUGAACGAGAUAAAAAAAAGAAUAAAAUAGAAAAAAACUUGUCGCAACAAAAUUUUGAACAAAUAUUUUUCGAAAAGCAUAACAUAUAUAUGAUGAGAACAGAAAUACAUGAAGAUACAGAAUAUCAUUUAAACAAAAAUAAAGUUGAUAAAAAUUUCAAAACAUUGAGGCAUAUAUGUGAUAAUUAUUAUUCCGGUAUUAACAAAGCAUAUAGCCGUUAUCCAAGUAUACGUGAAGAAUAUAUACUAAGAUAUUUAGGUAAGGAUAAUUAUAAAUUAUAUCGAAAAAUUGUACUUGAAUAUUUUUCAUCGAAUGAAAAUUCAUAUAAAGAAUUAUUACAAACUGAUUGUGAAGAAUUAGCUAGCUCAAUUUUUGAUUUGGUUUUUGAAGAUCCAGAAAGUUUAACUAUAGAAAUUAUUAGAAAUUAUAAUAAAGAAUUAUUUGAAAAAGUUGAACAACUUAAUAUAUAUGAAUUAAACUUUUUGUUAAAAGAUUUAAUCAAAUUAAAAAAUAAAUUAUAUAUAUAUUCAUUUGCACAUGACACCAAAUUAGGUAGAUUGAAUUUACUUCUAAACAAUCAAAAGCCGAUAAAAAAAUAUCACAUAUUAAACUUAAAAGUUGACGAAUUAAUAAAACAAGAAUUAUUAAAAAAAUAUAAUAAUGUUAUCUAUCCAAUUGAUUAUAUUAAAGAUUUAAUAUUAAAAAAAAAAAAAGAAGAAUGCAAACAUAAUAGUAAAAUGCCAUUAAUAUAUAUCUUAGCCGACGAAACUAUAAAUAUUUAUGAAAAUUCCGCAAAAAAUGUUAAGCCAUUUACUGAAAAAGAAAUUGAAGCAAUGAAAUCGCAUAUUAUGAAAAAAAAAAAAAGCUUAUUUGCUCCUUCGAAUGACCAAGAUGAUGAUUUCAGAAGUUCCUUAUUUGAUCCUGAAAACAGCCAAAUUAGGCAUAUUCUACAUAUGAUAAAAGAAGAUUUAGAAAAACAAAAGAAAAAAAAUAAAUUGGAAGAGAUAGAUCGAGAAUAUGAAGAAGAACAAAAUAGUUAUACUGAUGCAACAGAUUUGUAUAAAACAUACCCUGAAUUAGAAGAAAUGAAUAAAUUAGCAGAGGAUAUGUUUUAUAUGAAACUCCCCUUUGUUGAAUGA